GCUAGAGGGGAGGCUCCGACGUCUCCUUCCUUCCUGGUUCCUGCAGCAGCUGCUGCCACUGCUCAGCGUGGUGAGGAGGGAGCCGGUGACUCGGAGACGGUGACUCAGAGGCAGAGCGGCGUGAGGGCCAAGGAGCACUGGCGUCCAUGGACCCUGGGAGCCUCCCCCUCCGCCCACAAGCAGUGAGGGGCCAGGAUCCCCACAGGGCCGGGAGAAGGGCACAGAGAUACCUGAACACCGGAAGAGUUUGAGAACUUUCAAUGGCUGAACGCAGGAGUUUCCUCCCAGGACCCCGUCAGGAGCAGGUGACAUCCUUCCCCUUCCACCCUGCUCCCUGCUCUAUGUCCCCAGCAGGGAGUGGCCUCUCCCUUCUCCAUGGACUUCCAAGAGAGGGACCCGCCCUUCCUGCCUGAGAGCGCUCAGUCCUCAAAGCCCAGCAGUGCUCAGCAGGCCUCUGAGCUGUGGGAGGUGGUGGAGGAGCCUCGGGGCAGGCUGGGGACAGAGGGUGUCAUGCCUGAGAGGCAGGAAGGUCACCUGCUCAAGAAGAGGAAGUGGCCUCUGAAAGGCUGGCACAAGAGAUACUUUGUGCUCGAGGACGGGAUCCUUCAUUAUGCAACAACCCGACAAGACAUCACCAAGGGGAAGCUCCAUGGCUCCAUCGAUGUCCGGCUGUCGGUCAUGUCCAUCAACAAAAAGGCCCAGCGCAUUGACCUUGACACUGAAGACAACAUCUACCACCUCAAGAUCAAAUCCCAGGACCUAUUCCAGAGCUGGGUGGCACAGCUGCGUGCCCACCGCCUAGCCCACCGCCUGGACAUGCCCCGUGGCUCACUGCCCAGUACGGCUCACUGGAAGGUUCCUGGUGCCCAGCUUCCAACAGCAGCUACUGCCUCAGCCCUACCUGGGCUUGGACCGCGGGAGAAAGUGUCUUCCUGGCUGAGGGACAGUGAUGGGCUGGACCGCUGCUCUCAUGAGCUCUCUGAGUGUCAGGGGAAGCUCCAGGAACUACACAGGCUCCUCCAGAGCCUGGAGUCCCUGCACCGAAUCCCCUCAGCCCCUGUUAUCCCCACACACCAGGCCUCAGUGACAACCGAAAGACCCAAGAAGGGGAAACGGACCAGCCGCAUGUGGUGCACCCAGAGCUUUGCCAAGGAUGACACUAUUGGACGGGUUGGUCGUCUCCACGGCUCUGUUCCCAACCUGUCUCGCUACCUGGAGUCUCGGGACUCCUCGGGCACCCGUGGGCUGCCACCCACAGACUAUGCCCACCUGCAGCGAAGCUUCUGGGCCCUGGCCCAGAAGGUGCACAGCUCCCUCAGCAGCGUCCUGGCUGCCCUCACCACGGAACGGGACCGACUGAGGGACAUGCACCAGGGCUCAGAGUUGUCAAGGAUGGGGCUCUCUGAGGCCUCCACUGGCCAGAGGCGCCUCCACUCACUGUCCACCUCCUCCGACACCACAGCGGACUCUUUCAGCUCCCUCAACCCUGAGGAGAAGGUGUCUGACUCAGCAAAAGUGCCCGGUUAUGCCUCCCUCUCAAUGGAACUGUCAGGCAAGCGGGUGCCCUGCUUGAUCCCCUCGGCUUGGCCCCGGAGCCUGACAUCCAUCUGGCUGCUCCCACAGCAAGAAGCUCUGUACAUGAAGGGGCGCGAGCUCACCCCCCAGCUGUCGCAGACCAGCAUCCUGUCCCUUGCUGAUUCCCACACGGAGUUCUUCGAUGCCUGUGAGGUUCUCCUCUCCGCCAGCUCUUCUGAGAAUGAGGCCUCAGAGGAGGAGGAGUCAUGUACCAGUGAAGUCACCACCAGCCUGUCUGAGGAGAUGCUGGACCUCAGGGGAGCUGAGCGCUGUCAGAAAGGGGGGUGUGUUCCAGGGAGAUCCAUGGGGCCACCCCGCCGUCGCUGCCUGCCGGCGGCCAGCGGGCCCGGGGCUGACGUGAGCCUGUGGAACAUUCUGCGCAACAACAUCGGCAAAGACCUGUCCAAGGUGUCGAUGCCUGUGCAGCUCAAUGAGCCGCUCAACACUCUGCAGCGGCUCUGCGAGGAGCUGGAGUACAGCAGCCUCCUGGACCAGGCCAGCCGCAUCACCGACCCCUGCGAGCGCAUGGUGUACAUUGCAGCCUUUGCUGUCUCGGCCUACUCCUCCACAUACCACCGAGCCGGCUGCAAGCCCUUCAACCCCGUCCUGGGGGAGACCUACGAGUGUGAGCGGCCUGACCGAGGCUUCCGCUUCAUCAGUGAGCAGGUCUCGCACCACCCCCCUAUCUCGGCCUGCCAUGCAGAGUCUGAGAACUUCGCCUUCUGGCAAGAUAUGAAGUGGAAGAACAAGUUCUGGGGCAAAUCCCUGGAGAUUGUGCCUGUGGGAACAGUCAACGUCAGCCUGCCCAGGUUUGGGGACCACUUUGAGUGGAACAAGGUGACGUCCUGCAUUCACAAUGUCCUGAGCGGUCAGCGCUGGAUCGAGCACUAUGGGGAGGUGCUCAUCCGAAACACACAGGACAGCUCCUGCCACUGCAAGAUCACCUUCUGCAAGGCCAAGUACUGGAGUUCCAAUGUCCACGAGGUGCAGGGCGCUGUGCUCAGUCGGAGUGGCCGUGUCCUCCACCGACUUUUUGGGAAGUGGCACGAGGGGCUGUACCGGGGACCCACGCCAGGUGGCCAGUGCAUCUGGAAGCCCAACUCAAUGCCCCCCGACCAUGAGCGAAACUUCGGCUUCACCCAGUUUGCCUUGGAGCUGAAUGAGCUGACAGCAGAGCUGAAACGGUCGCUGCCUUCCACCGACACGAGGCUCCGGCCAGACCAGAGGUACCUGGAGGAGGGGAACAUACAGGCUGCUGAGGCCCAGAAGAGAAGGAUCGAGCAGCUGCAGCGAGACAGGCGCAAAGUCAUGGAGGAAAACAACAUCGUACACCAGGCUCGCUUCUUCAGGCGGCAGACAGAUAGCAGCGGGAAGGAGUGGUGGGUGACCAACAAUACCUACUGGAGGCUGCGGGCCGAGCCAGGCUAUGGGAACAUGGAUGGGGCCGUGCUCUGGUAGCCCUGGCCCCGGGGGCAGGAGGCUCUGGUUCCUCACUCCUCCUGCCUCCACCCCCUACCACGGACACAUGGGUGAGGCCAGGCUCCCCGCCUCACUGCCCUUGAGACCAAAGGGGCAGCCCUGGCCCUCCCUCCCCUCUGCUGGCCAGAGGGUCUACAUCUCAGCCCAGCCUCCACCCCACCGUUUGGGGUGAGAAGCAGAAUCUGUGCUUCCCAGUCUCCUUGCCCCAGACAACCAGCAUGUAAGACCCUUCCCGCUUCACCAUUCCCCUUCCUGUCCCCUUUGGGGUACUUGGGGGAGACUCCGGCUCCCAGGAUCUGUUCCCCAUUUCAGUGCCUUCCUAGGACACAAGGGACCCCUUGACGCUCCCCAGGCUUUCUGUGCCCAGGGCUCUGUCCCCGGCGGUGAGGUUGCAGUGAGUGAAGGAGAGAUGAUCUGUUCUCCCUCCCCUUCCCCUGCCCAUCUCCAGCGUCUUCUUCCCCUUCCCUGGCCCUGCAGGGCCUUCUCCAGCUCCCUUUCGUUGGCCCCUGGCCAUCCCUCCUGUCCUGGAUCCCUUCUCCCUGACUGCAAAAUGCCUGCAGCUUCCAGCUCCUUCGUCCCUGAUCCUCAAGUGGUUCCCUCCCGUCUCAGCUCAGCGGAUCCCCCAGAGUGGAGGAGGCCUCUCCAUGAGGAGGGGAGCAGCCCAAGGCACCUGGCCUCCGACCUACCGGCAGCGAGUGCGCAGGUGUGAGUGUAAGUUCAUGUAGGAGAGUGUGUGCGUGUGCGCCUGUGCCCUGCUUGCAGGCGAGCAGGGCUCCCUCAUGUAGCCCGGCCUUCCCCGUGCUGGGGGUCCACCACAUCGCUGCUCUUUCUCACAGUCUGCCUCUGAUGAGGGCGAAUUGCUAUGACAUUCCAAGCUCCAAUAAAGAAUGUCCCAGACUUUG